AUGGCUAAGCCGAGCCAGUCCGUUGAACGAAUCCAAUCAUUAGUUCUCGUUAGAGGUGCUCGUCUUGAAUGUAAUGACUAUGGACUUGUUUGUUUUAAUCUUGCCAAAGCAAUCAAUCGAUACUUACUUUCUCAUAUUCAUUACACUGAGUCUGAAGCUUUCCUCGUGGACUCUCCAUUUAUUGAAAUGUUCAAAAUAUUAAUUAUUUCAAAUCCUGAGCUUUUAAAAAAUCGUGAUGUUGUCGGUAAUGGUGGUCGAACGAUUGCUGCAAUGGUUCUUCAUUUAUAUAUCGACUGGUUGUCUCAGCCUUCUCGUGCCGUAGCUAUGUUACUAAUGGAAAAUAAUAUUGAACAUCGAGUUCAUGAAAUCAGCUGCAUGCAAGGAGAAACUCAAAGUGCUGAAUACAAACAGGUGAAUCCAGCUGGAAAAGUUCCGUCGAUUGUUGAUAAUGAUUUUCACUUGGAUGAGUCUCAUACAAUAAUGCGCUAUAUAUGUGUAAGCAGGAAUCUACCUGAUUAUUAUUAUCCAAAUGAUAUCAAACAACGUGCUCGAGUCGAUUAUUGGUUAGACUGGGAUCACAUGAAUUUACGUCAUGGAUCAAUGUGUUUAAUAAGAGCAAAUUUAUUGGCUCCUAUUAAAAAGUAUUCGCAACAAACCAUCGAUGAAUUACGAAAAGAAGGUGACGAAGUAUUAAAAUCAAGUUUAAGCUUUAUAGAGGAAGCCAUGAGUAAAAAUAACUAUAUUGCUGGUGGAAAUUAA